GCUCAAGGCGCUCCUCUCCUAGCGUCGUGCCCCAUCGCUUUUAGUCAUUCACGAAUGUUUGACAGUGACUUUCUAAAUUACUGAUAGUUCUCUAUCAACUUGCAUCCAACCAGGCAACUCUCCUUGCGGACGAAAAAGCUCCCGAAUUUGAUCAAGCUAAAUUCUUCCUGCCUUGCUCCCUUGAGCCUGAUGGAACUGUUAUGGACAUAAUUAUUCGAGAAGCCAUUCUUGGGUGUAAGUAUGUUGCUCUUGAAGAGCGAUGAAGUUUCUCUUUCCUGAUUCGGUUUUUUAGCAAUCAGCAACAUGUCCAGCGAAGUAGUAGACGUUGCGAUCCGCCCAAGCGAGGAUCCGGGGUCACUCCGGCCGUCCGCGACCAGCGCCGAACGGCGGCGAUCUAUGAACACAGAAAAGCGGUUCCCGCAGCAGCGGGCAGAAGGUAAAAAUUUGACGUCCCAAAUGGGCGCCAGCGGUAGCGCCCCCAGCAAUUCUGUGAAGACCGCGGGGAGCGGCGACGUUUCGACGAAAACCAGGGUCAUAGCUGCGGCAAGAACGCCGACUCGGCAGGACGAUUCCUCUGCCGCUGGUGCGCAAGCUACCUGUAGCUGGAAGCUGGUAGUCGGCAUAGUUUUGCUAGUGAUUUGUUGUGCCGGCUUUUUCUACUGGUGCGAAAUCGCCGGUGUGGACGUACAACCGAUUUCUCAUGCUCCUUCAGCGGCUAUUAGAGAUCAUCGCGAGCGGGUUGACAGAGCUUAUCGCGAACAAAAUGAGCGGCUUCCUCGCCCACCUAUGUCACACGCCGACGCUUCAUCUGCUCUUUCAGCGAAUCCGACCGACGAGAAUACUACGACCGUUACUGCGUCAACAAGUGCGGAAGUCAGUACUACUGCACCGCCGGCGCCUACGCCGGCGGGAAGUGCCUUUCUUGAGUCGGUGCUUGGUGUUACACCACAUGCACGAGAAAGCGAAAGGGACAAGGCAUUCCUUCAGAGCCGAACCAUUCUCGUGUGACAUUUCUUCAAUUGACUUGCGUGUGUUUGUGGAGCUUAGCUUACCAAG